AUGAAUAAACGUUUGGAUCCGAAGAAAUCGAGCCAAACAAACGUACCUUUUGUACAAUCCGUCGCUCCGGGAGCUUCUACAAGAAUGAAAUCGUCAACGAUGAAUUGGACAAUAAGUGGUAGUAGAUGUGCAGCAUUGGCACCAUCGGUACCGCGACCAUUGCCAGUGCGAUCACCGACCCCGGGAGAACGACCACUCCGACCACUACUUCCCACUGCUUAUCCGAAUAUAGAUAUGCUUAUCAAUGAAAUCCGUAACUUUUCGCUUAAUGAAUGUAUGCCAACUUUGAUUGAUGAACAAUGUUCCCGACGCUAUCGCCAGGUCAGUAUCACUUAUACGGACCCCUCUGGUGGAAGUAUGAUAAUAACACGUCGCCGUGAAGAUGGUCAUUUUGACGUCCGUGUCGUCUACUCUCGUGAUUUCAUUGUUGCUGCAUCGGCUAGUCCACUUGCGCUAUUGCCACCUCCUAAUUUCCGCCAAAUGGUCCUCGAAAUGAUGGAAAUUAUUGCAAAAUUCCCUAAAAGCUAUUACAAUACGAUUUCCCGAGACUCGGCAUCCACCGGCCCAAAAUAA